GAGAGCCAAGCAUUUGGAGUAAAUAUACAUCUGAGCCCUCCUUCAGUCAGCGGCACCUCCUCCAUAUCACACUGACACUUCUUCGCUGCUUCUCUGCUGAAAAUGGCCACUAACCCACCUAAAGACAAGUACUUUGGUGUUUGGUUAAUCUUCUUCAUGCUUGGUCUGGGAACGCUGCUGCCAUGGAACUUCUUCAUGACAGCGACAACGUACUUCACCAGCCGUCUGAAAGAAUCUUCAUCACACGAUGUCUCAGCCAAUCAGACGGAGGCAGCAGGUGACCAUCGCAGUGUCCUUGAGGCCAAAUUCAACAACGUCAUGACACUUUGUGCAAUGGUGCCGCUGCUGCUCUGCACCUGCCUCAACUCCUUACUGCACUCACUUAUUCCUCAGCGUCUCCGUGUAAUGGGCAGCCUCCUCAUCAUCAUGUUCAUCUUCAUUGUCACUACCAUCCUUGUCAAAGUUCCUCUAGAACCGCUGCCCUUUUUCUCUGUUACCAUGGUGAAGAUCAUCAUCAUAAACUCCUUCGGAGCGGUGCUGCAAGGUAGUCUGUUUGGGAUGGCUGGCUUGCUGCCAGCUUCGUACACGACUCCCAUCAUGAGCGGUCAGGGACUAGCUGGAACCUUCGCAGCCUCGGCCAUGAUCUGCGCUAUCACAAGUGGUUCUGAAAUCCAGGCUGCAGCGUUUGGCUAUUUCAUCACAGCCUGUGUUGUUAUUUUUCUCUCCAUCCUUUCCUACAUCCUGCUGCCUAAACUGGAGUUUUUCCAGUUUUAUCAGGAGAGAUCAGACAAUGAGCAGAACUCCAUCAGUUUGAUGAGCUCAGAGAUAAAAGAUUCAGCAGCUGAUCAAAGGGGACAGCAUAACAUCUCCAUGAUCAAGAUCUUCAAGAAGAUCUGGGUCUUGGCUCUGUCGGUCUGCUUCACCUUCACCGUCACCAUCGGCACAUUUCCCGCCAUCACUGCUGACACCAAGUCCACUCUGGCUGGUGGUGGUUCCUGGGACCUGUACUUCAUCCCCGUCAGCUGCUUUUUGCUGUUUAACUUGUGUGACUGGAGUGGACGGAGUUUAACAGCAAUCUGUAUGUGGCCAGGAAAGGACAGUCUGAUACUUCCUGUGUCCAUCGUCUGCCGUCUCGUCUUCGUCCCUCUCUUCAUGAUGUGUAACGUUCAGCCUCGUUUCCAUCUUCCCGUCUUCUUUGACCACGACAGCUUCUUCAUCAUCUUCAUGAUUCUCUUCGCCUUCAGUAAUGGAUACCUGGCGAGUCUCUGCAUGUGCUACGGACCAAAAAACGUUCUUCCUCAUGAAGCCGAAACCGCAGGAGCCAUCAUGGCCUUCUUCCUGUCACUGGGUUUGGCUUUAGGAGCUGCUUUUUCCUUCCUCUUCAGAUCACUGGUGUAAUUGCUGGUCAAACUGGGAAACUUUCUGUUUGUUACCGAGUUGAAAUAUUUGUCAGAAGAAGAUUCUACUUCAGUUUCACAUCAAACGGACUCUGACCUUGUCUUCAUGUUUGUCCGGAUGGUGGUGCUGCAGGAGACCCUGAACACCAGGAAUUCACAGGGACCGAUUUAACAUGCAGGUGUGAGCUGUCAAACACCUGCCAACAGGCAAGACAGGAAGUUCAGAUUGUUUAUGAUUGUUUAACAACAGGAUUAAUUAAAUGUAAUGUUGGCUUCCCAAAAACUCAGUUCAGAUGUUGAUGGAUGUUCACAGAAUCAUUUUAAACUAUAUUAGUCGAUCAAUACAUUAUUUAUUUUCUGAGUAAGUGAACAUCUCACAUUGAGUGAAAGCCCUCACACCUGAUUAAAAAAAUACUUACUAAAGGUUUUUUUAAUUAAUUAUUUACAUUUUACUAAAUGAGACUAAUUGAUUUUACUUUGGCACAAAGUUUUAUUUCUGGGUAAAUAAAUCAAUGAAGGUACAAUAUUAUGUUCUUUUCUUUUAAGUGUAAUAUCCUUAUAAAUAUCAGUUAUAUUUAUUCUAUUUUAUUCCUCUCAUGGGAAGUUCAUGAUAAAAAAUGCCGGAUUAGCAUUCAGUUACUAUGGUGAAGUUAAAUUUAUAUAAAUAGUAUGUUGAAAUAAGUAAUAUACUAAAAGUGUGGAUAAUUUGUAGUUAAAAUGGGUGUUUAAAUAUAUAUGUUGUCAAGGUUGAAUGUUUGAAAAAAAAAAUAAAUGUUU